AUGUUCGCUCUUGGCGCCCAUGCGUCGCCGUCGGCUCCCGGCCUCAAAGGGGGUCGCGAGGUUUCGAAAGCGAAGCGCGGCGCGGUGGCACGCGAGUGGAUAGCACUGCAUAAAAUGCGUCGAGGGCCGAAAACGAGGUCCGCGCGCCUGGGGGCGAUCGAGACGGGCGACAAGGAGGCCAGCAUCGACGAGGAAGGGUCGUAUGACGAGUGGGACGACGCGGUGUGCAUGCCGCUGCAAGAUCUGGAGAGGCUCACGAACGUCGACGGCGAGGGAUACACGUACGGGAUGCCCACGCGCAGGCUGCCCAAGCGGAUAGUUUUGGUCCGACACGGCGAGAGCACCGGCAACCUGGACGAGAGCGAGUACACGCGCACGCCGGACUCCCAGAUCCCCCUCACGCAGAACGGGCACGUGCAGGCGACGCAGACGGGCGCCAUGCUGAGGGACCUUUUCGACGCCAACGACGAUCCGGACUACAAGUGUUUCUUCUACAUCUCCCCGUACCGGAGGUCGAAGCAGACCGCGCUCGGGAUCGCGCAGGCGUUCGAGAAGAGGCACAUCAGCGGCGUGAGGGAGGAGCCCCAGCUGAGGGAGCAGGACUUUGGGAACUUCCAGGACCUCAAGCAGAAGAAGGCUGAGAAGCGCGAGAGGCAGUACUUUGGCAGGUUCUUUUACCGGUUUCCAAACGGCGAAUCGGGCGCGGACGUUUUCGACCGGAUAACCAUCUUCGAGGAUCACAUGGUGCGGGACAUCGACGCGGGCAGGUUCAACAAGGACACCAACAUGAUCCUAUGCACUCAUGGACUCACGCUCCGUCUGUUUCUCAUGCGCUGGUUCCACUGGACCGUCGCCGAGUAUGAGCGAGUGGCCAACCCCGCAAACUCCACCCCAAUCAUCUUGGAGCGCAUAGACGACCCCACGGUGGACCACGGCAGGUUCCACACCAAGGAGCUGUACACGCUCAGCGCCGAGUCCAUCGCGGGUCUGCCCGGAUGCAGCGACAAGAUGACGCGGAUGGUGCUGCCGGAGAAGAACUGGGAGCGGGCUCUGACGCUGUCGAGCGAGGAGAUCAAGUGGGGCAUGGACGUCUUGGCAGAGGCGAACACGGAUGGGUGCGCGUUCAGCCCCGAGGGACCGGUCAAGGCCGAGCAUAACACGUGCUGA